UCCUGUCGCGGCGGCGGCUUCCAUGUAGCACCGGGCGGGGGGCCUACGGCAAGAUGGCGGAUCUGUCGCUGCUCCAGGAGGACCUGCCGGAGGAGAUCGACGCGUUUGGUGUGGAUGACUACAGCUCAGAGUCUGAUGUGAUUAUUCUACCUUCAGCCCUGGACUUUGUCUCACAAGAUGAAAUGUUGACGCCUUUGGGAAGACUGGACAAGUACGCUGCAAGUGAGAACAUAUUUAACAGGCAAAUGGUGGCUCGAAGUUUGCUGGACACUUUGAAGGAAGUCAGCGAUGAUGAGAGAGAUUGUAUUGCUGUGCUGGAGAGAAUCAGCAGAUUAGCUGAUGAUUCAGAGCCAACUGUGCGAGCAGAACUGAUGGAACAGGUGCCUCAUAUCGCUGUAUUUUGUCAAGAAAACAGGCCUUCAAUACCAUAUGCUUUUUCCAAAUACUUAUUGCCUAUUGUGGUGAGAUACCUCGCAGACCAGAAUAACCAGGUGAGAAAAACAAGUCAGGCAGCAUUGCUAGUUCUGUUGGAGCAAGAACUUAUUGAGAGAUAUGAUGUAGAGACCAAAGUAUGCCCUGUUCUUAUAGAACUGACUGCGCCAGACAGCAAUGAUGAUGUGAAGACAGAGGCUGUGGCUAUAAUGUGCAAAAUGGCCUCCAUGGUGGGGAAAGACAUCACAGAGAGACUCAUUCUUCCUAGGUUUUGUGAGAUGUGCUGUGAUUGCAGAAUGUUUCACGUUCGUAAGGUAUGUGCAGCCAAUUUUGGAGAUAUCUGCAGUGUGGUUGGGCAGCAAGCCACUGAAGAAAUGCUUCUACCAAGGUUUUUUCAGCUCUGUUCUGAUAAUGUUUGGGGAGUUCGGAAGGCUUGUGCUGAAUGCUUCAUGGCAGUUUCAUGCGCAACAUCCCAGGAGGUCCGGCGGACAAAACUGUCAACGCUUUUUAUCAGUCUGAUCAGUGACCCUUCACGAUGGGUCCGCCAAGCUGCCUUUCAGUCCCUGGGGCCUUUCAUAUCAACUUUUGCUAACCCAUCCAGCAGUGGUCAUUUUUUUAAAGAAGAAGAAAGUAAGAACACAGAGGAUCAUAGAUCUGCAGAGGAAGAUAGGGAUACAGAAGAUGUCACAACAGAGGAUGUACAUAGCAGGACAGAGAAGCCACCUUCAGAUGCUGAUUUUAGUGAUUUUACAAUAAAACUUGAAAACACCAUGGAAGACCAUAACCCUGUGCCAAGUAAUUCUCAGAGUGAAACUGAUUAUCAGACUGAGACAUUCUUACGUUGCGCUUUGUCUUCAGAAUCUUGUGGGGAAAUAGCUGAUGAGAAUGAGCAAAGUUCUAGCUUCUGUAGUAUAGCAACGCUGCAGGAAUCUGGGUUGAGGUCCCAGGAAAACUCCCUCUCAGAACAGGAAUUGUACAACUCUUUCCAUUUUUGGAGGACUCCGCUUCCUAAAAUAGAUAUUGAUUUAGAGCUUCAGCAAACUGAUCAGAUAAUGCCCGACCCAGAAAUUCGGGAAGGAACGAAAGACAUGACUGUGCCAGUUUCUUCAAACAUUACUAUGGCCACAAGAAAGGAGCUGGAAGAAAUGAUAGAAAAUCUGGAGCCUCAUAUUGAUGAUCCAGAUGUUAAAGCACAAGUGGAGGUGUUGUCUGCUGCACUUCGAGCCUCCAGUUUGGACCCUCAGGAAGAGACAAUGGCAGGUGUUGGCAAGGGAAUGGACUCUCAAAAUGAACUGAGCAUCAAAGACCAACUAAAUUAUAAACUAAUUCAGGAUGAUCCUGUGCCUUUAAUUAGCGACGCUGUUGAGAACAUAGAUUCCACUCUCCGCUAUAUUCAUAAUGAUUCAGACUUGAGCACCAAUAGCAGUUUCAGCCCUGAAGAGGAAAGAAAGUCCAAAGUACAGGAUGUUGUACCUCAAGCCUUGUUGGAUCAAUAUUUAUCCAUGACUGAUCCUUCUCGUGCACAAACGGUUGAUACUGAGAUUGCUAAACAUUGUGCGUAUAGCCUGCCAGGUGUGGCACUUACGUUAGGUAGACAGAACUGGCACUGUCUGAAAGACACCUAUGAGACACUAGCAUCUGAUAUGCAGUGGAAAGUUCGAAGGACAUUAGCAUUCUCUAUACAUGAGCUUGCAGUUAUCCUGGGAGACCAACUCACAGCUGGAGACUUGGUUCCAGUCUUCAAUGGAUUUUUAAAGGACCUAGACGAAGUCAGGAUAGGUGUCCUUAAACACUUGCAUGAUUUUCUAAAGCUUCUUCAUCUUGACAAAAGACGAGAAUAUCUUUAUCAGCUCCAGGAAUUCUUAGUGACCGAUAACAGCAGGAAUUGGCGUUUUCGAUAUGAGCUGGCAGAGCAGCUCAUCUUGCUUCUAGAUCUAUACAGUGCCAGAGAUGUUUAUGACUAUUUGCGCCCUAUUGCCCUCAGCCUCUGUGCAGAUAAGGUUUCCUCUGUUCGAUGGAUUUCCUACAAGCUGGUUAGUGAAAUGGUAAAGAAGCUGCAUAUGGCUUCAACAUCAACUUUUGUGGUAGACCUCAUGAACGAACUCGUUGAAAAAUUCUGUAGAUGCCCGAAGUGGUCCGGUCGGCAAACGUUUGUCUUUAUCUGCCAGACUGUCAUUGAAGAUGACUGCCUCCCAAUGGACCAAUUUGCUGUGCAGCUACUGCCUCAUUUACUACACUUGGCAUCCGAUAGGGUUCCAAAUGUUAGAGUACUACUUGCAAAAACUUUAAGGCAAACCCUUUUAGAGAAAGAAUAUUUUCUGAAUUCUGCCAAUUCUCAUCAAGAAGUUGUGGAACAGACAAUUAUGGCCCUUCAAAUGGAUGAUGACAGUGAUGUCAAAUAUUUUGCAAGCAUACACCCUGCCAGUACCAAAAUUGCAGAUGAUGCCAUGAGCACUGCUUCAUCGACUUAUUAAAAGAAGUUCCUGAAUGUUACUAUAAUUGUAAUAAAAAACAAACAAAA